GAAAAGAAAAUACCUUUUUUGGUUACCUCAAGGAAGAUCCAUUUGUUAUAACAAUCAUCAUUUGUGUUUCACCUUUUACAGUAUAUAUAAAUAUAUGUUAUUUAUUUAUUUUUCUUUCCUCUGUGAUUUUGAAAUUGAAACUAUCUUGCUUAUAGUCAGAUCAUAUGUCUCAAAAUUCCAUGUUCUAAUCCAGAAAGUUACCUCUUGUGUUAAUGUUUGGUUAGUAGCAUUCUGAUGACACUAAGUUCUUGAGUUUGAUUCAGGUGUCUUUAAACAUCUGUACUCUGAGAACUCUGAGACAAUCUGAUUUAUGCCCUUAGACUGCAACUUUGAUAGCCAUUUUUCAAAUAUAUCAUUGUUACACAAGGCACAGGGUGGGAGAGGUGGAAUUGUAAUCUGCUCAUUGUCCAGUUAGGUAGAUAAAUAGCCAGUGGAAACAUUUUCAGUGCUGAUAAUGGAAGUGUAGAGGCAGUAUUAUAGUGGUUAAGAGCCAUGGCUCUGGCAUAAUAUUUCUUAAUUUUGAGUCCAGGCUCUCCUAGAUGUUUCAUUUUGGGAAGAUUCUUGACCCUUCAUGUCUCAGAUUCUUCACUGUAAAAUGGGGAUAAUGGUAUUUACAUUUUGUGGUUCUUAGGAGGAGUAAAUAAUUGUUUACAAGUAAGGUGCUUAGAAUAGUGCCUGGUACAUACUCAGUGCUUAGUAAAUAUUGCUUUUGUUACAGGCACUGAUCAAUAUGUAAUCUUGUGCUAGCUGAACAAUGCUUGAAGAAAUUAAUGCAUUUUAAAAAUACUGUGAUAAUGACAAAGAUCUAAAAAUUGUGACAUUCUAUUAGCAUAGAGUACUAACAAUAAACUUAAUAGCUGCCCUUUAAAAAAAAAAACCUCUGGUUGAAGAAACAAAUUAGGCCCAUACUUUUGUAAUUAUAAUAAUAAUAUUUAGCACCUUUAUAAUGAUUUCUCUGUGAGGAAGGUAGUAUUCUAAGCUUUAUAUAGAUUAAUUGAUCUAAUAUUCAAAAUAUAGUAUUUUUAUACAAAUUUUAAAGAUAAUGAAACUGAGGCACAGAUACAAUAAAGUCUUUGCUGGCUGCAGAGUUAUUGGUCUUAAUCACUUUGCUAUACUGUCUGUAUUUAGGUAUAUUGCUACUGUGUUGCUGAACCAACUAGGUAGGCUAAAAUGUGAAUGAAUAAGCUUAAUAUUUUUAUUAACUUUCACAAAUAGAGUUACAAUAACUGUAAAAAAUGUGAUGGGAAUACAUUUUUUUCUUUGUCCUUUGUUGAUUUGUAAACAAAUUGUAUCUAGAAGUGAGACAAAUGAGCAUAAAGCAAUUUUGGUGAAAUUUUUCAUGUCUAAUCUUUUAUCUAAUGAUAAUGGAAAGCAGUCAGAAAAUAUUUAAAAUUUAGGACCAAGUAGUAUCCAGUUCAAUUUUACAUUAGGUGAAGUGGAAUACAUUUUUUUUUUUUAGGUUGAUCAGUUUUCAUUUUGUCAAGUUAUUCUCAAAUCUCCAGUUGAGCUCCCCUUUCAACUUGACUUAGAAUACUGUUCUAUUAGUUUAAAACAUAUUUUGAAGACAUAUUUUUAGAUGGAGACUUAAAAAAUUACAUCAUUUCAGGUAUCUCAAGUACUGCUGCUAUAUACUGUUGUACUACCAUCUAUGAGCUUACAUCAUGUACCAAGUAUUAUAUAUUAUUUCCAUUCAGCAAAGUAGGAGACAGGCCUAGAGUACUUAAGUAACUUAUUAAAUGUAACUUGUACUAUAAAUUAUUAUUUAUCAUUAAGUAUGGCCUAACAAGGUAUUUGAUGCUACUUUUUGAUAAACAGUAAUUCUCAAAAUAUUUUUGUGUUGGACAUUUUAUUUCUCUUUUAAGAAAGGAAUUUGUACAUUAGAAUGAAAAAUAUUAAGCACUAAACAGUAAGUCCCCAAAUAUUCUUGUGUUGGAAAUUUUAUUUUUUAAAAAAGGAAUUUGCAUAUUAUAAUAAAAAAUAUUAAACACUUACUAACUUAUGCAAUGUUUUGUGUUUUAAGGAACUGAAAUUACCAUUCACUUUUUUGAGUGGACAUAUUCAUGAAUUAAGGAUUCAUGUACCAUGGACAAAACUGGGUUCAGAACCAGUGGUAAUUACCAUCAAUACUAUGGAAUGCAUUUUGAAACUUAAGGAUGGAAUACAGGAUGACCAUGAAAGCUGUGGUUCUAAUUCCACCAACCGUAGUACUACUGAGAACACAAAAUCAUCAAUCAAACUACGGAGAAUUCAGCAGGCUGCUCCUACAGAUCCUGACUUACCACCAGGUUAUGUGCAGAGUCUGAUUAGACGAGUUGUAAAUAAUGUAAACAUUGUGAUAAAUAAUCUCAUAUUAAAAUAUGUUGAAGACGAUAUCGUUCUUUCAGUCAACAUCACUUCUGCAGAAUGUUACACAGUAGGUGAAUUAUGGGAUCGUGCAUUCAUGGAUAUUUCUGCAACUGAUUUGGUGCUGAGAAAGGUUAUCAAUUUUUCUGACUGUACAGUUUGUCUUGAUAAACGGAAUGCCAGUGGUAAAAUAGAAUUUUACCAGGAUCCUUUAUUGUACAAAUGUUCCUUCAGAACUCGUCUUCAUUUUACAUAUGAUAACCUAAAUUCCAAGAUGCCAUCUGUUAUUAAAAUUCAUACUUUAGUAGAAAGUUUGAAACUUUCUAUCACAGAUCAACAACUGCCUAUGUUUAUUCGUAUAAUGCAACUUGGAAUUGCUCUUUACUACGGAGAAAUAGGCAGUUUUAAAGAAGGCGAAAUAGAGGACCCUACUUGUCAUAAUAAAGAUAUGCUAGGAAACAUUACAGGUUCUGAAGAUGAAACAAGAAUAGAUAUGCAAUAUCCUACUCAGUAUAAAGGUCAAGAGUUAUAUUCACAGCAAGAUGAGGAGCAGCCACAGGGAUGGGUAUCAUGGGCCUGGUCCUUUGUGCCUGCAAUUGUGAGUUAUGACGAUGGCGAGGAAGACUUUGUUGGGAAUGAUCCUGCAUCAACCACGCAUCAGCAAAAAGCACAGGCUUUGAAGGAUCCUAUUGUUUCUAUAGGAUUUUAUUGCACAAAGGCAACGGUGACUUUCAAACUCACAGAAAUGCAAGCUGAGAGUAGUUAUUACAGUCCACAGAAAGUAAAAUCUAAAGAAGUAUUGUGUUGGGAACAAGAAGGAACUACAGUUGAGGCCCUUAUGAUGGGAGAACCUUUCUUUGAUUGCCAGAUUGGGUUUGUUGGUUGCAGAGCCAUGUGCCUUAAAGGAAUUAUGGGUGUUAAAGAUUUUGAAGAGAAUAUGAAUAGAAGUCAAACUGAAGCCUGUUUCUUCAUUUGUGGUGAAAAUUUGAGUACUAAAGGUUUCACAUACCUUACAAAUUCAUUGUUUGAUUACCGAAGCCCAGAAAAUAAUGGUACUCGUGCAGAGUUUAUCUUGGAUUCAACUCAUCAUAAGGAGACAUACACUGAGAUAGCUGGAAUGCAACGGUUUGGGGCUUUUUAUAUGGAUUACCUGUAUACAAUGGAGAACACUAGUGGCAAAGGUUCCACAAAUCAACAAGACUUUUCUUCAGGGAAAAGUGAAGAUUUGGGAACAGUUCAGGAGAAGUCCACCAAAAGUCUUGUUAUAGGUCCUCUUGAUUUUCGUUUGGAUAGCAGUGCGGUGCAUAGGAUUUUGAAAAUGAUUGUGUGUGCCUUGGAACAUGAAUAUGAACCAUAUAGCAGGCUAAAAUCAGAUAUUAAGGAUGAAAAUGAAACAAUACUGAAUCCUGAAGAGGUAGCUUUUCUAGAGGAAUAUAUUCCUACUCGACAUACAAGUGUUACUCUCCUCAAAUGUACCUGCACAAUUUCCAUGGCUGAAUUCAACUUGCUGGACCAUUUGCUACCUGUCAUUAUGGGAGAAAAGAACUCAAGUAACUUCAUGAACACUACAAACUUCCAGUCUCUUCGGCCUUUGCCAUCCAUUCGAAUAUUGGUGGAUAAAAUUAAUGUGGAACAUUCAGUGCCGAUGUAUGCUGAACAGUUGGUGCAUGUGGUCAGCAGCCUUACUCAGCCUUCUGAUAACCUGCUUCAUUAUUGUUAUGUACACUGCUAUCUUAAGGUGAAGAGAAGGAGGAAAUGGAGGGCGGAAGGAAAGUCGGCUGAAAUUAUAUUUGGUUUCCAGGCAGGACUGACAUCUUUGGAUUGCAGUGGAUCUUACUGCUUACCUGUACCAAUUAUUCCCUCUUUCAGCACCGCUCUUUAUGGUAAACUUCUGAAACUCCCCACGUACUGGACCAAAAGAUCUCAGAUUGCUAUAACUGAAGGUAUAUUUGAACUUCCAAAUCUCACAAUUCAAGCUACAAGAGCACAGACACUUCUCUUGCAAGCAAUAUAUCAAAGUUGGUCUCAUCUUGGAAGUGUCAGCUCUUCUGCAGUGAUUGAAGCUUUGAUAAAUGAAGUCUUCCUAAGUAUAGGUGUGAAAUCUAAGAAUCUCCUGCCAACUCUUGAAGGCUCAAUCCAGAAUGUUGAAUUGAAGUACUGCAGCACAUCAUUGGUCAAAUGUGCCUCUGGGACCAUGGGAUCAAUAAAAAUUUGUGCCAAAGCCCCAGUUGAUAAUGGAAAAGAGAAGUUGAUUCCCUUGCUUCAGGGUCCUUCCGACACUAAAGACCUUCAUGGCACCAAGUGGCUCAAUGAGAGUAGAAAGCCAGAGUCUCUAUUAGCUCCAGAUUUGAUGGCCUUCACAAUCCAAGUUCCACAAUAUAUUGACUACUGCCACAAUUCUGGUGCUGUACUUCUUUGCAGUAUACAAGGACUAGCAGUUAAUAUUGACCCAAUCUUAUAUACAUGGCUCAUCUAUCAGCCUCAGAAACGAACAAGUAGACAUAUGCAACAGCAGCCUGUGGUAGCUAUUCCUCUUGUUAUGCCAGUUUGUAGAAGGAAAGAGGAUGAGGUGUCUAUUGGAAGUGCACCCUUGGCAAAGCAGCAAUCAUAUCAGGCCUCUGAAUAUGCCAGCAGCCCUAUAAAAACAAAAACGGUAACAGAAUCCCGCCCAUUGUCAGUUCCUGUUAAAGCCAUGUUGAAUAUAUCUGAAAGCUGUAGAAGUCCUGAAGAAAGAAUGAAGGAAUUUAUUGGAAUAGUUUGGAAUGCAGUGAAGCAUCUCACACUACAGCUUGAAGUACAAUCUUGUUGUGUGUUUAUUCCAAAUGAUAGCCUGCCUUCCCCAAGUACAAUUAUAUCUGGUGACAUUCCUGGAACAGUGAGAAGUUGGUACCAUGGACAAACCAGUAUGCCAGGAACACUUGUCCUCUGUUUGCCUCAAAUAAAGAUUAUUAGUGCUGGGCACAAGUACAUGGAACCUCUGCAGGAGAUUCCAUUUGUUAUCCCACGACCCAUCCUCGAAGAAGGUGAUGCUUUUCCUUGGACGAUCAGCUUACAUCAUUUCAGCAUAUAUACCCUUCUUGGAAAACAAGUGACACUUUGCCUAGUGGAACCUAUGGGUUGCACCUCCACUCUAGCUGUCACGUCUCAAAAACUACUUGCUACGGGACCUGAUACACGACAUUCAUUUGUUGUCUGUCUCCAUGUUGACCUAGAGUCACUAGAGAUAAAAUGCUCUAAUCCGCAGGUCCAGCUUUUCUAUGAACUAACUGAUACCAUGAAUAAGGUCUGGAAUAAGAUUCAGAAGAGAGGCAAUCUCAACCUAUCUACAACCUCUCCAGAGACCAUGGCAGGGCCUGUUCCUACUUCUCCAGUUAGAAGCAGUAUAGGCACGGCUCCUCCAGAUACCAGCACAUGCAGCCCAUCUGCUGACAUUGGGACUACUACUGAGGGAGAUUCUAUACAAGCAGGUGAGGACUCACCAUUCUCAGAUUCUGUCACCUUGGAACAAACUACAAGUAAUAUUGGCGGAACCAGUGGACGUGUUAGUUUAUGGAUGCAGUGGGUGCUUCCCAAAGUUACUGUAAAGCUCUUUGCUCCAGAUCCUGAAAAUAAAGGCACAGAGGUUUGUAUGGUCUGUGAACUAGAAGAUCUCAGUGCUUCCAUAGAUGUCCAGGAUGUAUAUACCAAAGUGAAAUGUAAAAUAGAGAGUUUCAAUAUUGAUCACUAUAGAAGCAGCCUUGGGGAAGAGUGUUGGUCUUUGGGGCAAUGUGGAGGUGUCUUCCUUUCCUGUACUGACAAGCUGAACAGACGCACCUUGUUGGUUCGACCCAUCAGCAAGCAGGACCCUUUCAGUAAUUGCUCUGGCUUCUUUCCUUCUACAACUACAAAACUUCUAGAUGGCACUCAUCAGCAGCAUGGAUUCCUCUCUCUGACAUACACAAAAGCUGUAACAAAAAAUGUCCGUCACAAGUUAACAUCAAGAAAUGAGCGAAGAAGUUUUCAUAAGUUAUCUGAAGGCUUAAUGGAUGGUUCUCCUCAUUUUCUUCAUGAAAUUCUUCUUUCAGCACAAGCUUUUGAUAUUGUUCUUUAUUUUCCUUUACUUAAUGCCAUUGCAAGUAUAUUUCAAGCAAAACUACCAAAGACCCAAAAAGAGAAAACAAAAUCUCCUGGUCAGCCCAUGAGGACCCAUACACUGACAUCCCGCAAUUUACCUUUGAUUUAUAUCAACACAAGUGUAAUCAGAAUUUUUAUUCCAAAAACAGAAGAAAUGCAGCCAACUGUUGAAGUUAAUCAGGCAGCAAAAGAAGACACCGUGGUUUUGAAGAUUGGCUCUGUUGCCAUGGCUCCCCAGGCUGACAAUCCCCUUGGCAGAUCUGUCCUUAGGAAAGAUAUUUACCAUUUUUUUCACUGCCUUUACAGGAGAGCCUUGAACUUAGGAAUUCUUCGAGAUCCUGGAUCAGAAAUUGAAGACAGACAAUACCAAAUAGACCUGCAGUCUAUCAAUAUUGGUACUGCACAAUGGGAUCAACUAAAACCAGAGAAGGAAAGUGUCUCAGGAGGGGUGCUAACAGAGACUGAAAGGAAUUCUCAAAAUCCAGCCCUUGAGUGGAAUAUGGCCAGCAGCAUACGGCGGCAUCAAGAAAGGAGAGCAAUUUUGACUCCCAUUUUGACAGAUUUUUCUGUCCGAAUAACUGGAGCACCGGCUAUCAUUUUCACCAAAAUCAUUUCUCCAGAAAAUCUGCAUACUGAGGAGAUUUUAGUGUGUGGCCAUUCCUUAGAAGUGAAUAUAACCACAAACCUGGACUUCUUCCUAAGUGUGGCUCAAGUUCAACUCUUACAUCAGUUAAUAGUAGCAAAUAUGACUGGACUGGAACCAUCAAACAAGGCUGCAGAGAUCUCUAAACAAGAACAGAAAAAAGUGGAUACAUUUGAUGGAGGCAUGGCUGAAACCUCAUCUCGGUACAGUGGUGCUCAGGAUAGUGGAAUUGGCAGUGACAGUGUUAAAAUCAGAAUAGUGCAAAUAGAGCAGCACAGUGGUGCCAGCCAGCAUCGCAUUGCCCGUCCCUCACGCCAAUCAUCAAUUGUAAAAAAUCUAAAUUUUAUUCCCUUUGACAUAUUUAUUACUGCAAGUAGAAUCUCACUAAUGACCUACUCCUGUAUGGCCUUAUCCAAAUCGAAAUCACAAGAACAGAAGGAUAAUGAAAAAACAGACAAGAGUUCAUUAAAUCUCCCAGAAGUUGAUUCAGAUGUUGCUAAGCCCAACCAGGCAUGUAUUUCCACAGUGACAGCAGAAGAUCUCUUAAGGAGCAGCAUUUCUUUUCCUUCAGGGAAAAAAAUAGGGGUCCUCUCUCUUGAAAGUAUUCAUGCAUCCACAAGGUCAUCUGCUAGACAAGCACUUGGUAUAACUAUUGUUCGGCAGCCUGGUCGAAGAGGAACUGGUGACUUACAGCUAGAACCUUUUCUGUACUUUAUUGUGUCCCAGCCUUCCUUGCUUCUGAGUUGUCACCACAGAAAGCAGCGAGUGGAAGUAUCCAUUUUUGAUGCUGUGCUUAAAGGGGUGGCCUCUGAUUACAAAUGUACAGAUCCUGGGAAGACUCUGCCUGAAGCCCUUGAUUAUUGCACUGUUUGGCUACAAACAGUGCCUGGAGAAAUAGACAGCAAAAGUGGUAUUCCACCUUCCUUUAUAACACUACAGAUUAAAGACUUUCUGAAUGGACCAGCGGAUGUCAAUUUGGAUAUAUCAAAGCCUUUGAAAGCAAACCUGAGUUUCACCAAAUUGGAUCAGAUACACCUUUUUUUAAAGAAGAUAAAAAAUGCACACAGUUCGGCACAUAAUGAAGAGACUUCAGCCAUGUCCAACACCAUGGUGAAUAAGGAUGAUCUUCCAGUCUCCAAAUAUUACCGUGGAAAGCUGUCUAAACCCAAAGUUCAUGGUGAUGGAGUGCAAAAGAUUUCAGCUCAAGAAAACAUGUGGAGAGCUGUUUCCUGCUUUCAAAAAAUUUCUGUUCAAACUACUCAGAUUGUGAUCUCCAUGGAAACUGUACCCCAUACCAGUAAACCAUGCCUGUUAGCAUCUCUCUCAAACCUCAAUGGAAGCCUUAGUGUCAAAGCAGCACAAAAAGUACCUGGCGUAAUUCUUGGGUCAUCAUUUCUACUCACUAUAAACGAUUUUCUCCUUAAAACAAGUCUCAAAGAAAGAAGCCGCAUUCUGAUAGGACCAUGUUGUGCUACUGCCAAUCUGGAAGCUAAAUGGUGUAAACACAGCGGCAAUCCAGGCCCGGAGCAAUCCAUACCAAAAAUAUCCAUUGACUUAAGAGGGGGUCUGCUACAGGUCUUCUGGGGUCAAGAACAUUUGAAUUGUUUAGUUCUCCUACAUGAAUUACUCAAUGGAUACCUUAGUGAGGCGGGAAAUUUUGAAGUACAAGUUUCUGAACCAGUACCUCAAAUGUCAUCUCCUGUGGAAAAGAAUCAGACAUUUAAAAGUGAACAAACUUCAGAUGACCUACGGACAGGUCUAUUUCAAUAUGUACAGGAUGCUGAAUAUUUGAAAUUGCCUGGGGUCUAUGAAGUCUUAUUUUAUAAUGAAACUGAAGAUUGCCCAGGGAUGAUGUUAUGGAGAUACCCAGAACCUAGAGUGCUCACCCUUGUCCGAAUAACUCCUGUGCCUUUUAACACCACAGAGGAUCCAGAUAUUAGCACAGCAGACCUUGGUGAUGUGCUACAGGUUCCUUGUAGCUUGGAAUACUGGGAUGAACUCCAGAAGGUUUUUGUUGCAUUUAGAGAAUUUAGUCUGUCUGAAAGCAAAGUUUGUGAACUGCAGUUGCCGGAUGUCAAUCUUGUGAAUGACCAGAAGAAAUUAGUAUCUUCAGAUCUUUGGAGAAUUGUCUUGAACAGCAGUCAAAAUGGAGCUGAUGACCAAAGCUCUGCAAGUGAGUCUGGUUCUCAAAGCACUUGUGAUCCACUUGUGACUCCAACAGCCCUGGCUGCCUGUACCAGAGUUGACUCCUGCUUUACCCCAUGGUUUGUCCCAUCCCUUUGCGUUUCCUUCCAGUUUGCUCACCUGGAAUUUCAUCUUUGUCAUCACCUUGACCAACUAGGCACAGCUGCACCACAGUACCUACAGCCAUUUGUUUCUGAUAGAAAUAUGCCAUCUGAACUAGAAUACAUGAUUGUUUCCUUCAGAGAACCACACAUGUAUCUUCGACAGUGGAAUAAUGGUUCUGUCUGUCAGGAGAUCCAGUUCUCAGCUCAAGCAGACUGUAAACUUCUAGAGUGCAGAAAUGUCACUAUGCAAAGUGUGGUGAAACCCUUCAGCAUCUUCGGGCAGAUGGCAGUUUCCAGCGAUGUAGUAGAAAAGCUGCUUGACUGCACUGUGAUAGUUGAUUCUAUAUUUGUAAACGUUGGACAGCAUGUAGUCCAUUCUCUAAACACUGCAAUACAAGCUUGGCAACAGAACAAAUGCCCUGAGGUAGAGGAGUUGGUCUUCAGCCAUUUUGUGAUCUGUAAUGACACACAGGAGACACUGCGGUUUGGCCAGGUGGAUACUGAUGAAAAUAUUCUGCUGGCGAGUCUCCACAGUCACCAGUACAGCUGGCGCUCUCACAAAUCCCCACAGCUGUUACACAUCUGUAUUGAAGGUUGGGGCAACUGGCGUUGGUCAGAGCCUUUCAGUGUGGACCAUGCCGGGACUUUUAUUAGAACAAUUCAGUACAGGGGUCGAACUGCUUCUCUCAUCAUCAAGGUUCAGCGACUCAAUGGAGUACAAAAACAGAUUAUCAUCUGUGGAAGACAGAUCAUCUGUAGUUACUUGUCUCAAAGCAUAGAACUAAAAGUCGUUCAGCAUUACAUUGGUCAAGAUGGACAAGCUGUAGUUCGGGAACAUUUUGACUGCCUCACAGCCAAACAGAAACUGCCUUCAUAUAUACUAGAAAACAAUGAACUGACAGAGCUGUGUGUGAAGGCCAAAGGAGAUGAAGACUGGUCAAGAGAUGUGCGCCUGGAAUCCAAAGCCCCUGAAUACAGCAUUGUCAUUCAGGUGCCAUCUUCAAACAGUUCCAUUAUUUAUGUCUGGUGCACAGUUUUGACUUUAGAACCCAACUCUCAAGUGCAACAACGAAUGAUUGUGUUCAGCCCUCUUUUUAUCAUGAAGAGUCAUCUUCCAGACCCCAUUAUCAUACAUUUGGAGAAAAGGAGUCUGGGAUUGAGUGAAACACAAAUUAUUCCAGGAAAAGGGCAGGAAAAACCACUGCAAAACAUAGAACCUGACCUUGUACAUCACCUGACAUUCCAAGCAAGAGAAGAAUAUGAUCCUUCAGAUUGUGCAGUUCCCAUCUCAACAUCCCUCAUUAAGCAAAUAGCCACUAAGGUACACCCUAGAGGCACAGUUAAUCAGAUCCUUGACGAAUUCUAUGGGCCAGAAAAGUCGCUUCAACCCAUAUGGCCCUAUAAUAAGAAGGAUUCUGACAGGAAUGAACAGCUAAGUCAGUGGGAUAGCCCAAUGCGAGUGAAGCUGUCAAUCUGGAAGCCAUAUGUUAGAACUUUGUUGAUAGAACUUCUGCCCUGGGCCCUGCUUAUCAAUGAGUCCAAGUGGGACCUCUGGCUAUUUGAAGGAGAGAACAUUGUUCUACAGGUUCCUGCUGGCAAAAUUAUUAUUCCUCCUAAUUUUCAGGAAGCUUUUCAAAUUGGAAUAUACUGGGCAAAUACAAACACUGUGCACAAGUCAGUAGCAAUUAAACUGGUCCAUAACCUGACAUCUCCAAAGUGGAAAGAUGGAGGUAAUGGCGAAGUUGUGACAUUGGAUGAAGAAGCAUUUGUUGAUACUGAAGUAAGACUUGGUGCUUUGCCAGGACAUCAGAAGUUAUGUCAGUUCUGCAUUUCCUCCACGGUACAGCAAGGUAUACAAAUUAUUCAGAUUGAAGACAAGACUACAAUAAUCAACAAUACACCAUAUCAAAUAUUUUAUAAACCACAGCUAUCUGUCUCCAGUUCCCUUUCUGGAAAGGAGUAUUUUCAUGUUCCAGACAGUGCUACUUUUAGCAUUUGCCCAGGUGGAGAGCAGCCUGCUAUGAAAUCCAGCUCCCUUCCUUGCUGGGACUUGAUGCCUGCCAUUAGUCAGUCAGUGCUGGAUGCAUCCCUGCUUCAGAAACAGAUCAUGCUGGGCUUUUCUCCUGCCCCAGGUGCUGACAGCUCACAGUGCUGGAGCCUGCCAGCUAUAGUUAGACCAGAGUUUCCCAGACAGAGUGUGGCAGUACCCCUUGGGAAUUUCCGGGAAAAUGGAUUCUGUACCAGGGCUAUAGUGCUGACAUAUCAAGAACACCUUGGAGUGACUUACUUAACCCUCUCAGAAGACCCUAGUCCUCGAGUAAUUAUCCACAACAGAUGUCCAGUAACAGUGCUUAUAAAGGAAAACAUUAAAGAUAUUCCAAAGUUUGAGGUUUAUUGCAAAAAAAUUCCCUCCGAGUGCUCAAUUCAUCAUGAGCUGUAUCAUCAGAUUUCCAGUUAUCCGGACUGCAAGACCAAAGACUUACUUCCGAGCCUCCUUUUGAGAGUUGAACUGCUAGAUGAAGUAACAACUGAGUGGAGUGAUGCCAUCGACAUCAACAGUCAGGGAACACAGGUUGUGUUCCUGACUGGCUUUGGCUAUGUGUAUGUGGACACUGUACAUCAGUGUGGCACAGUCUUCAUCACUGUGGCCCCAGAAGGAAAAGCAGGACCUAUUUUAACCAACAGCAAUAGAGCCCAGGAGAAGAUUGUUACAUUCAAAAUGUUUAUCACUCAGUUGAGUCUGGCAGUGUUUGAUGACCUCACCCACCACAAAGCAUCACCUGAGCUUCUGAGACUCACACUGGACAAUGUUUUUCUCUGCAUGGCCCCAGGAGCUGGUCCCCUCCCUGGGGAAGAGCCUGCGGCUGCGCUGUUUGAACUUUACUGUGUGGAGAUCUGCUGUGGGGACCUGCAGCUAGACAACCAGCUUUAUAACAAAUCCAAUUUCCACUUUGCUGUUUUAGUCUGCCAGGGAGAAAAAGCAGAACCCAUUCAGUGUUCUAAAAUGCAGAGUCUCCUCAUAUCUAACAAAGAGCUGGAAGAAUACAAGGAAAACUGUUUUAUCAAACUUUGCAUCACCUUAAAUGAAGGCAAGAGCAUCCUCUGUGAUAUUAACGAGUUCAGCUUUGAAUUAAAACCUGCUCGGUUGUAUGUGGAAGACACAUUUGUAUACUACAUCAAGACUUUGUUUGACACUUACCUUCCUAACAGCAGGUUGGCUGGUCACUCCAUGCACCUCUCUGGGGGUAAACAGAUGUUGCCCAUGCAGGUCACACAGCACGCCAGGGCCUUGGUGAAUCCUGUGAAGUUACGGAAACUGGUGAUCCAGCCAGUGAAUUUGCUCGUCAGCAUCCACGCUUCCCUCAAGCUGUACAUAGCCUCAGACCACACUCCUCUCUCGUUCUCGGUGUUUGAAAGAGGACCCAUCUUCACCACUGCAAGGCAGCUUGUGCACGCCCUGGCAAUGCACUAUGCCGCGGGGGCCCUUUUCAGAGCAGGCUGGGUAGUUGGGUCUCUGGAGAUUAUUGGCAGCCCUGCAAGCCUGGUGAGAAGCAUCGGGAACGGGGUCGCUGACUUCUUCAGGCUUCCGUACGAGGGGCUGACCCGGGGCCCCGGAGCCUUCGUGAGUGGCGUCUCCAGAGGGACUACAUCGUUUGUAAAGCACAUCUCCAAAGGUACCCUCACAUCCAUCACCAACCUGGCCACAAGCCUGGCCCGGAACAUGGACCGGCUCUCACUGGAUGAGGAGCACUACAACCGGCAGGAGGAGUGGCGGCGGCAGCUCCCCGAGAGCCUGGGCGAGGGGCUUCGACAGGGCCUGUCCCGGCUGGGCAUCAGCCUGCUUGGUGCAAUUGCCGGUAUAGUUGAUCAGCCGAUGCAGAACUUCCAGAAAACAUCUGAGGCACAUGCUUCAGCAGGACACAAGGCCAAGGGUGUCAUCUCAGGUGUGGGGAAAGGAAUCAUGGGGGUGUUCACAAAGCCCAUCGGAGGAGCUGCUGAGCUGGUGUCACAGACUGGUUACGGUAUUUUACAUGGAGCUGGACUUUCUCAGCUUCCCAAACAGCGCUAUCAGCCAAGUGAUCUACAUGCUGACCAGGCUCCAAACAGCCAUGUCAAAUAUGUCUGGAAAAUGCUUCAGUCUCUGGGCAGACCAGAAGUCCACAUGGCCCUGGACGUGGUUUUGGUGAGGGGCUCAGGCCAGGAGCAUGAAGGGUGCUUGCUGCUGACAUCAGAAGUGCUCUUCGUGGUGAGUGUCAGCGAGGACACACAGCAGCAGGCUUUCCCCGUCACAGAAAUCGACUGUGCACAGGACAGCAAGCAGAACAGCCUACUCACAGUGCAGCUGAAGCAGCCAAGAGUGACCUGUGAUGUGGAGGUAGAUGGAGUCCGAGAGAGACUGUCAGAGCAACAGUACAACAGACUUGUGGACUACAUCACAAAGACAUCUUGUCACCUGGCCCCUAGCUGUUCUUCCAUGCAAAUACCAUGCCCUGUGGUGGCUGCAGAACCUCCCCCCUCCACUGUUAAAACAUACUAUUACUUGGUUGAUCCACAUUUUGCUCAGGUCUUCCUUAGUAAAUUUACCAUGGUGAAAAAUAAAGCCCUGAGGAAAGGGUUUCCUUGAGUCCCCUCUGAGGUAUUGAUUCGUACUUGUGUGAUUUAGUUUUUGGGUUUCUUUGAGACAGGGUCUCACUACAUUGCCCAUGCUGACAUCAAAUUCUGUGGUUCAAGCAAUCCUCCCACCUCAACCCACAAGUAGCUAGGACUGCAGACACAUGCCACCAUACAGGGCUGCAUUUUUUUUAAAAAGCCUAGGCAGCUCUAACAUCUGAUAUGGACACAAGGCCAACAGUUUCCUUAUUUAGAUCCUUACCUCUAAAAGAUACUUCAAAGUGACAAAACCGUGUUCCUUUCCCACUUACAAUGAUUAGCAGGUCCCUUACCACAUACAGAGGAUGCAUUUCUUUUUGCUCUAUGACACUUGCAAAAAUUGCUACUGUAAUUUGGAUCUAUUAACUCUCUGUUCCAUCACAGAAUGUGGCCAGGCCUUACAAUGGAGAGCCAGAGUUAAAACUUAAAAGUUGCAUCUGUUUUUGGGCUGAGUCACCACGUUUGCCUCAUGCUCUUUGGUCUGGAAAGGCCUAGGAUUCUUUAAAUGAAAUGCUUAGGACUUUGUGGCUUAUUACAUUUGUCACUUAACUGCAAUGCUGUUCUUUGAUUGAAAGCUGCUAUGUGUAUUUUCUCUGAAGUCUGCAUUUUACUAAAAUUUACAAAACAGUCUGAUUACUGUCCAGGUACAUUUUAGAAAAAGUGUUUUUCCAGUUUGUGUUUUACUAAGCAAACUUUGAGUAAAUCCUUUGUCCUAUAUUGAAUCCAGUCCCAAAGUGCUCAGGUGACUUUCUCUAGUUCCAUAAACAAAACAUACAUAGUGGGAACUCCCUGGUAUGCCGUAGAGCACACAACCCCAAUAUUAAUGCUAAUAAUUAUACCAGUCCAUUUCGUUUAUUCUGUGGAAUUGACUCGAUAAAGCAUGAAGAUAUUCCCAGUGUCUGAUAAUAUUUUGCACCUAAGAAUGCGUUUGACUCAAGAUCUUGGGUUACCAAGAUGUCUUCAAUGUUCAGUAAAUUAUCUUACUUACAGUCCAGUAACUUAGAACAUGUUUGCUGAUUACAUUUAAAUUUGGGGCUACAGCUUGUUACCUACAACUUUGAGAUGCUAAGAUAAUGCAAUUUUAAAUGCCCACGGGUUUUACUUGUUUUGGAGACAGACAGGGUCUCAUUCUGUCACCCAGACUAGAGUACAGUGGAACAGUCAUGGCUCACUGCAGCUUAAGCUCACUGCCUGGGCUCAAGGGAUCUCACUCCAGCCUCCCAAGCGGCUGAGACUGCACCACCACAGGUAUACAUCACCAUACCUGGCUGAUUUUUUAAAUUUUUUCUAGAGAUAAGGUCUCGCUAUGUUGCCUAGGCUGGUCUCAUACUCCUGAGUUCAAGCAUUCCUCCCACCUUCGCCUCCCAAACUGUUGGGAUUACAGGUGUGAGCCACCAUGCCCAACAUCCACUGAUCUUCAACUCUCACAUGUUGGGCAUAAGAAGUCACUAUGUAAUUGUUACUGGAAAGCAAGAUUUAAUGAACAAUUCUGACUAUGAAAAAUGGCUCUUUGUUUGUUCUGUAAAUACUCAUUUAGAAAAGUGACAGUUGUGAACCUCAAAAGUAUUUCUAAAAAUGUAAAUAUGUAUUAAUCCUUGUAUCUUUUAUGGUAAUUUUGCAUAUUGAUAUGAAUUAUAUAAAACUGUUUAAAAGGUAUCCUUGAAUUACUGACCACCCAUACAUGUCUAUUGUUACCAGGUUUUACAAUGCAAAUUUUCUCUAAUACCUGGGUUUAAUACAGCUCACAUCACUGAAUUUUACAAGAGUUUAAAUGGGUUAAUAUACAGGUUUUGUUAUAAUAAAGUUACUGAUUAAAUUA